AUGAGGUACCCGGUAAUGACGGUGUUGACCUUCGGCGUCGCACUGCCGGUGGUGCUGGUACUGCUACUCGGCACCGGUGUCCAUCGGGCUGAGUCAGCAAAAAUUGUGUGCGUCUUCCCGACGGCCAGCAAGUCGCAUGUGCUGGGCCUACAGGCGCUGCUGAAGGAGUUGGCGAGGCGGGGACACGAGGUGACAAUGGUCAGUGCGUUCCCGCUGAAGAAACCGCCGAAAAACUAUCGCGACGUGUACCUGCCCAUCGAGGACGCGUUUUCGUCCUUUAUGAAGGAAUUUAUGCAGGGCGGAAGUCGCAACAUGAUGAGGCUGAUGCCGAAGGUGCUGCACGCUUCGCUGGAAUCGUCGAACAUGUCGAUCAAUACGCAAACGUUCCGGCAGUUGGUUCGCGAGGAACAGUUUGAUCUCGCGAUCGUGGGCUACUUCAUGAACGGAUUCGUCAUCGGUAUCGGCCAGCUGUUUAAUUGCCCGACGAUGCUGUACUUUUCGGAGGGCGUUACCGGAUUUACGAACGUGGUUGGCAAUCCGAACGAGGUAGCUGCUGUGCCGCACAUGCUACUGGGGCCCUGGAAUCCGAUGACGUUCUUCCAACGUGUGCUAAACACGCUCGUGAACGGUGUGGAAAAGCUGAUGGUGCAAUACAUACGGCACAAAACGCUGCCCUACUACGAGUCCAAUUUUCCAACGGAAAAGGGCUACCGAAGCUACGACGAGACGAUGCUGAAUGUGUCGCUGGUGCUGCUGAAUAGCCACUUCACACAAACCGUCCCCCGAGCGUACCUCCCCAACAUGGUGGAAGUGGGCGGUCUGCAGAUCAACGCCAAACCGGAACCGUUGCCGGCGGAUUUGCAAGCAUUUCUGGACGGGGCCGCCGAACACGGUGCCAUUUUCAUUAGCUUCGGGUCGAAUCUUCGCAGCUCCACCUUGCGGCAGGACAAGCUGGAUGCGAUCCUCGGUAUGAUCCGCAAAUUGAAGCAACGUGUCAUUUGGACCUGGGACCAGGACGAUAUGCCCAAUCAGCCGGCCAACGUGUUCAUCGGCAAGUGGCUACCGCAGGACAGUAUUCUGGCCCAUCCGAACCUGCGACUGUUCAUCACCCACGGUGGGCUGGGCAGUAUCACCGAGGCGAUGUACCACGGGGUACCGAUCGUGGGGAUACCGAUGUUCGGCGAUCAGGACGGAAACGUGGGUCAGGCCGUGAAGGAUGGAUGGGGAUUGGCGGUUAGCUUCGACACGCUGACGGAACCAACGCUAACGGCCGCCGUCCGGGAGGUGUUGGGCAACGGGCAGUAUCGUGAACACAUCGGUACACUGGCGGCGCUGUACAAAGAUCGUCCGAUGUCGGCCCUGGAUACGGCCGUCUAUUGGGUCGAGUACGUCAUUCGGCACCGCGGAGCACCGCAUCUGCACUAU